AUGCAAAAUUCAAUCCAAGAAGGCACCACUGACAUGGGGCCCCAAAAUAACUCGAAUGUCGUCCCCUUGGGAAGCCCUGACUUUCUCAUCGAGAACUUACGAAUGCCUCUGCUCUUAUUCACUGACGACGAAGCAGACACUCUUGUCUACAUCGAUCCCAGCCCUCAGCAACCAGGUGAAUCCAGCCAACACGAAUCUCAUCGCUGGGUAUUCGGAACCCAGACAACAGUACACGCUAUUCCGCACCGAAUACACAGUCGGAAACUACUAGAUACAGGCUCAGAUGUGCUGAAGAAUCUCUUUCGGCCUCGGAAUCAAGCACGCGUCCGCAAGCACUACGGCCUCACCAACGAGAUGCCCUUGGGCGUCAAAUACGCUAUUGAUCUAACUCCCCCAUCUGAGGGUGACGAAGCGGUUAUCUUCAUGACGGAAUUGUCGUGUCCAAUGGGUGUGCGUAAAUGGGGACAGAUGCAGUCUCGAUGGGCGCUUCCUUCGUCCUGUGUUAGCGGACGGGAUGAAUUAGAAUGGAUCGUGACUGUGGAUGAUGCGAUGGCUGAUCCCAUAGUCGUUAACGCAGACGACGUCAUCAGACAAGGAAGUAAGACUGCCAGAAGGCAGGAUAAGAAACAAUCAAAGCAAGCCAGAAAGCAAACCAUGAAACAAGCUAAGGAGAAUUCUAAAGCUCAACCUUCGACCUCGCCAACUAGAAUUAUGAACUGGCAAGGGAAUUUGCCCACCUUACGAGCGGACUUGGACCCUCCCCCUUCGUAUGAAGAGAGUGAGGAGAGUCAUCCAAAGGCAGCGAUUGUGCAGAAAGAACCGGAACCUCCAAAGAAGAUCUUCAAAAGACUACCGGGUCUUCCGCUCGAUUACUCGCCCAUCCGACAUCGAACAUGUCUGGAGCGCUUCUUGCAUGCAAUCGAAGGGCUUGAUCCAAAACUCGAUACAGCACCAAAACUUUGGACAUACUUUGCCUUGGCGAAAAUCUUACAAGUUGCUACACACCCAGCAGUUGGUGACCAUAUCUUGGUCUGGUUAUACAGCCGGCCAAACACCAUGUUUAUCGAAGUGAACCCGGAACUGGCUUACCAGAUUGGAUGCGGCCUACAGAAUCGCGCUCUCUGUCAGGCUUCAUUUGCCAUCCUGGUUGGCGAAGAAAGUUUGAUGGUUCUGGAAUCAUCAAUAAACGACGAAAUACCGAAACGUAAGGCUCUCACCUUACACGGCCGAAAUCGCGAAUUAUUGGAUGAUACAGAAGUGCAGCGAGUAGAGUAUGCCAGCAAAGUCUUCCUUGACCGGAUGCUGAACGAAUUCGUCAACCUUGUAGGCUCAAGAAUGGAUUGGGUCGAAGAAGUAGUGAUGGAAGAUUUCAGGAAAUGGGCCAUCGUCAACCGCGCAGAACACCAGGAAGCCAUCCACGAGCUCAUCGACUUUUGCAAGCUGUAUGUUCGCUGCCAGAUAUACCAGGAGCUGAUGCACCAAUCUACACCAAACACAGAACACAGAUUCUAUUCCAAUGAUGCGACCGAGUAUCCGGGUAUAGGAUACUAUACAGCCCGCUCAGCCAUGUCUCCUUUCUGUCGGAUAUUGACACGCGGCUUUUGGAAAACACUUUCUACAAGCCUCCCUGUGCUAACAAACACAAAUGUCUGGAUCUAUUCGUCGAUAAAAGACCUGGCGCCAGCCAUACCGAAUCUGAAAGAUCAGGGCAGCGCGAUUAUUCGACCUAUAACAACAGUAGAGGUUGACCGAGUCUUUACGAAAUUUCACAGAGAGGUUAAUAUGAUCUGGUAUGAUUUUGGAAUCUUCCAAACGGCUGUCGAGAGAUAUCUGGAUAAAGUAGUAUCUCGCAUCGCAGGGCCUCCACAAUACGAACAGGUUACUGCUUCAACUUUUGAUGUUCCCUUCGAUAUCGUUGACACACUCGUCUGUCUCCAAGAGGACGAAUUCAAAUUCCUGCCUUUAUGGGCCGGGGGGUUCGAUGACGGCACCGGAGGCGUAUUCGACGACCAUUCUGUUCCUACUCUAGAAGAAGGAGGAUUCUCAACUGCAGGUCCUUCCGUGCAUCUGGGUAGUGUCCGGGAUCCGGAUGAAGUUGCAUCUAUGGACUCAUUUGAGUCCAUUCGUCCCGACGAGGCGGCGAGUACCGUGCAACGCGCUUCACAUGAAGCUACUGACAGCCAUGCUUCCACAACUGUCAGAUCUGUGACAACGUCUCUUUCUGACUUUGAGCUUGUCGUGGGUAUUCAGGACUUGAAUGUUAAGAGUGCGAAUGGGUCUAUGGUUGACGACGACGACGAUGUUCAAAUGAUGGAGAAUGGUGACGAGGAUGGAUUUGAAUACUUUGAUAACGAAUACAACGACGACGACGAUGAUGAUGAUGACGAUGAUACGAUUGGGAGCUUAUCUGAUGUGGAAGAUAUGCGAUAG